CGGCCGUGGUCACGUGGCGCCGGCGGGGCGCUCUCCGCGGCGGGCCGCGCAUGCGCGGGGCGGAUGUUACCGCCGGCGUUAGCGCCGCGGCUCUAUGGGGAGAACAUGGCUCCCUUCCCCGAGGAGGUGGAUGUGUUCUCGGCCCCGCACUGGCGGAUGAAGCAGCUUGUGGGGCUUUACUGCGACAAGCUUUCCAAGACCAACUUCUCCAACAAUAAUGAUUUUCGGGCUCUUCUGCAAUCUCUUUAUGCCACGUUCAAGGAAUUUAAAAUGCACGAACAGAUUGAAAAUGAGUGUAUCAUUGGUUUACUUCAGCAACGUAGCCGGACAGUGUACAAUGUGCACUCGGACAACAAACUCUCAGAGAUGCUUAGCCUCUUUGAGAAAGGGUUAAAGAAUGUAAAGAAUGAAUAUGAACAGCUAAACUAUGCGAAACAACUGAAGGAGAGAUUGGAAGCCUUUACCAGGGAUUUCCUUCCUCAUAUGAAAGAGGAAGAGGAGGUUUUUCAGCCAAUGUUGAUGGAAUACUUUACUUAUGAAGAACUGAAAGAUAUUAAGAAGAAAGUAAUUGCACAGCAUUGCUCACAAAAGGAGGCUGCAGAAUUCAGAGGUCUUAGUAAGUGGAAUCAAGCGGAAGAGCUUCAGAAGGUCUUUAAGUAUUCUGUGGACGAGAAGGCAGAUCAAGGUGAAGCCUUCAGAAAAGAUCACGAAACUGAAGUAACAGGGCACACCACAAAUAUUACUAAUCUUCCUCCUGAAGUAAUGCUGACCAUUUUCAGUUACCUUAACCCCCAAGAGUUAUGUCAGUGCAGUCAAGUAAGCACUGAAUGGGCACAGUUGGCUAAAACUGGAUCGCUCUGGAAACAUCUCUACCCUGUUCGCUGGGCCAGGGGUGAUUGGUACAGUGGUCCUGCGGCAGAUCUUGAGAUAGAACCUGAUGAGGAAUGGGUGAAAAACAGAAAAGAUGAAAGUCGUGCUUUCCAGGAAUGGGAUGAAGAUGCUGACAUAGAUGAAUCUGAAGAAGCAGCUGAAUAUUCACUUGCCAUUAAUAUAGCACAAAUGGAAAAACGUUUACUUCACGGCUUAAUUCAUAAUGUCCUCCCACACGUGGGCUCCUCAGUGAAGACGUUAGUGUUGGCCUACAGCUCUGCAGUGUCUAACAAAAUGGUUAGACAGAUCUUGGAGCUUUGCCCCAACUUGGAAUAUUUGGAUCUCACUCAAACUGAUAUUUCAGACUCUGCGUUUGAAAGUUGGUCUUCAGUUGGUUGCUGUCAAAAUCUCCGCCACCUUGAUCUGUCUGGAUGUGAAAAAAUCACAGAUGUGGCUAUAGAGAGGGUUUCCAGAGCUCUGGGUAUCAUAUCAACUCACCACAACAAAGGUAUUCUGAAAAGCUGUCGAAACAAGAAUGCUAAGACUUUGUGGAAAAACAGAGAAAUUACCCUGCAGUCCAACAAGAAGUAUAAUUGUUUGCGUGAAAUCAGCAAUGAAAACCUCAUUGAGGGAGGAGAUGGUGAGCAGCACUGGACUAAACCGGACGGCUCAGAAACCUUCAGUUCUGCAUACGUGUGGAUGCUGGAUGCAGACGAUUUAGCUGACAUUGAAGAUGCUGCGGAGUGGAGACACAGAAACGUUGAAGGGUUUUGUCUUAUGGAACCAACAUCCCACAUUAAUUGUUCUGCAUCUUGCUACAAUAGAGACAUUUACGGAUUAAGGACUAGAGGGUGGCAGCAGCACUGUGCUUCUACUGACUUGAUUUAUUGCGGUCACGCAUUUUGUUGUGCUGGGACAGCACUAAGAACUAUUCGAGCACUUCCAGAGUCCUCUGCACUGUGUAAAAAAACAACAAGGACUAAGCAGUCAGAGAAAAAAGACUUGGUGUACUCUGGAAGUGAAAAAACAGAUGAAGAGACUGCACGAGUUCUUCAGUUUCUCAGUCUGUCUGGAUGUUACCAGAUCACAGACCGUGCUCUCAGGGCAUUGACUCUGGGCGGAGGACUGCCGCACCUGGAACACCUCAACCUCUCGGGCUGUCUCUCUGUAACCGGUGCAGGCCUGCAGGAUUUAGUUUCUGCGUGCCCCUCCCUGAACGAUGAACACUUUUACUACUGUGACAACAUUAACGGUCCUCAUGCUGAAACCGCCAGUGGAUGCCAGAACUUGCAGUGUGGUUUUCGGGCCUGCUGCCGCUCUGGCGAAUGAGCGCUGACUCCUGACCUUUCAGUCUACUUCAUUUAGCUGAGCAGGCUUCCUCUCAUGCACUUUACUUACAGUUCGCAUCUUGUGUUAACAAUCCCUGGAGUGAGACUCGUUAUACUAGCCUGACCCUGCCCACAACUUCAAAAUCUUAAUUAUGAGUGUACUGUACAGUGUUGUAACAAUCUCACAAAAUCUCAUUUGGUUUGAAGGGUGUUGGGUUUUCUUUUACUUAAUUUGGGGAAGAUGGGAAAACAUUCUGAGGUGGUUUUUUUUUUUUUUUGCCACUUUCUUCCAAGUUUGGCACUUAAAUAUACUUUACUGGAUUAUUUUGUGUUAAGUGAAUGGUUUUUCUAUUUUGAAUCCAUAAGUACAAUAUAAAUCUCUGCAGAGAAUUUGAAAUGUAUUGUUUGCAUUUGGGUAACAGUUACACAUCUUUAGGAGCCUUGUUUCUUCCCCUUUCCUCUCAUCCUGAAGUCGUUCUUUAUAUUGCAAAAUUAGAGAAAUUCCCACCUUCCUUUUGCAUUUGGUUUUGUAUUUGGGCUUGAAGGACAUACUCUAAUAAAACAUUCCCACCAACAAAAA